UCUGUACGACCCUCGGUGCAGUAGACGCUGGCCUCCGGGACGUCGAGGGUCGUCUUCCGCCGGCGACAUCGUUGUCGCAGGUAAAAUUGCGACGGAUGAAUCAAUUAACGAACGAUAAUAAUCGAGAAUUUAUUAAGCGAUUUUUGAAACGUAGGAAAAAUUACUAAAGUGAAUCAAAUAGUGCAGGAAUGAGUGGGCAUCUUGCGUUUUAAAGUGUGAAAUGGUGACAUUUACUCGUUCGCGAUAUCGAUCAGAAAAAUUUGAGCCUUCAAAAAAGAUUUUGUUUGGCAAAAUAUUUAAUGUAUGAGAUUUAGACUGCAAAUUGAAACAUCUUGCUUUUACGGAAUAGAUCGUUAAUUGUUUUCGUAUCAUUUAUGACUUUCUAAAUUAUGAUAAAUUAAUUGUUAUUUAGUGUUAUCGAAUAAAUUCAUAGAAAGUUAUCAGUGAGAAGGGUUUUAACACUGAGUGUUGUUGUAAUGCAAGGUGUCAGGAUGCUGAAGCUCGUGAGAAUCGGGGCAAAUGGGGUCAGAAGACUACAUUCCACCAGCAGGAAACGUGCUGUACCGGCAUCUACGAGAUUCGGGAAAGCAAAAUAUCUGGAAGCCGCUUUUGAAGCUGCAGCAAAAUUAGAACAUUCUCAAACACGCGAAUACAGUUUCAUUCAUGACAGCCACUAUAUGUACACUCGAGAUCAAGAUCAAGCAACAAACGCCGAAGAUGUUUUAUUUGAUAUGUUCAAGAAGGAAGAGACUGGUCUUGUAUCAGUGGGGGAGUUUUUAGCUGCGUUAAGGAUAACCGGCUUGCGGAAGAAUGAUCCUCGACUUCAGGAAUUUUCAGACAAUCUUAAGAAAGAGCAUGCUAAGAAUAGCGAUCGCACUAAAGCUAUAUCACAUGAAACGCAGAAACUAGAUAGAGAACAAUUCAGAAGAAUCAUAAAUCCCAAUAUCGUUCUGAUCUCACGAGCGUUCAGGCAUCAGUUCAUAAUUCCCGAUUGGUCGGGUUUUACAAAGCACAUAGAGGAUUUUUAUUGGAAAUGCAAGACGAAUACCGAGGGCAAGGUCGCCUCCUAUAUACCACAGUUAGCCAGGAUGAAUCCGGAAUAUUGGGGCGUAUCCGUGUGCACCAUCGACGGUCAACGAUUUAGCAUUGGCGAUACCUCAAUACCGUUCACCCUUCAAAGUUGCAGUAAACCUUUGACCUAUGCGAUAGCCUUGGACAGGCUGGGUCAGGAAAUGGUGCAUCAAUACGUUGGUCAAGAGCCGUCCGGUAGAAAUUUCAACGAACUCGUGCUCGAUUAUAGUAAGAAACCACACAAUCCAAUGAUUAACGCCGGCGCGAUAUUGGUUUGCUCACUUCUGAAAACGUUAGUCAAGCCGGACAUGGGUCUAGCAGAGAAAUUCGAUUUUGCCAUGAAUUAUUUUAAAAGAUUGGCCGGCGGUGAGAAUCUCGGCUUUAACAAUGCUGUUUUUCUGUCGGAGCGAGAGGCGGCCGAUCGAAAUUACGCUUUAGGAUUUUACAUGAGGGAGCACAAAUGUUACCCGGAAAAGACGAAUCUGCAGGAAGUUAUGGAUUUUUAUUUUCAGUGCUGCGCCAUGGAAGCGAAUUGCGAGACGAUGGCAAUAAUGGCAGCCACCCUAGCAAAUGGCGGAAUUUGUCCGAUUACUGAAGAGAAGGUCCUAAAACCAGACAGCGUCCGCGAUGUUCUGAGUCUUAUGCACAGCUGCGGCAUGUACGAUUAUAGCGGUCAAUUCGCGUUCAAAGUUGGUAUACCGGCGAAAUCCGGUGUAUCAGGAAGCCUUCUUGUGGUAAUUCCAAAUGUCAUGGGAAUUUGCACGUGGUCGCCACCCUUGGAUCCGCUUGGCAAUUCCUGUCGUGGUGUACAAUUCUGCGAGGAGCUCGUGCGCGAAUUUAAUUUCCACAGGUACGAUAAUCUAAAGCACGCAACGAAUAAGAGAGAUCCUAGACGGCACAAAUACGAAACGAAAGGCCUCUCGAUCGUUAAUCUUCUGUUCAGUGCUGCCAGUGGUGACGUCACAGCGAUGAGAAGACAUCGAUUGAGUGGGAUGGAUAUGACACUGUCAGAUUACGACGGCAGAACCGCGUUGCACUUGGCCGCCAGCGAAGGUCAUCUAGAUUGCGUCGAGUUUCUGAUCGAGCAUUGCGGAGUCCCACAUGAUCCCAAGGACAGAUGGGGCAAACGACCGGUGGACGAAGCCGAGACUUUCGGGCACAUGCAGGUAGUGGAAUAUUUGAACAACUACGCUCUCGUUCGUAAGACCGAGCUAGAAAACAAACAGAAUGAGAGCAUUAAUGAAGACAACGACUCGUGUCGUAAACCACCGGAAACAGCGGUGCAAUCGUGAAUGAUAAAUGACGAUGAUGAAUUUACGUCCAAAACUGGAGUGAGUCGAGGGUGAGGGUGGGAACAAGGACUUAUGUGAAAGCCUCAAACUUAUGUUGAAUACAGAAAGAAACGAGAUACAACGUAUCGAUCGUAAUAAUAACAGAACGAGGUCUCAAAAAAAUACGUUUUUAUUCUAUAUAAUACGAAUACUUUUUAACAUUACUAUUUGAAUGAUACAACACGUACAGAUUAUGUAUAAUAUAGAAUUAUUCUAUAUAACUUAUUUAUAUGUAUAAUAAUUAUUUUCAAUUAGUGAAUAUAUAUUUUUGUUUCAACAACUUUAAUAUAAAAAAAUUUACAUCAGCCUUAAACGGACAAUAACGGAGAACAAUAAUUAUAUUAUUUUUUGAACACGUGACCUCGUUCCACUUACGCGCGAUAGAGUUAUCUCAGUAUUGAGCAACCUCAGAUUAAAACUAACUGUGAUUAAUGUUACGUAUGCGUCUUUUUUUCAUGAUUUAGUUUAGUAUUAGAAGACCGUGAAACUCUAUCAUCAUUUCAUUAAUUUAUACAUUACUUCUACCUCGUAUCCUUCACUAUUGAUUAUUAUGUAUUGACCCUUUAAGGUAUGCUUCGAUUUUUUUCGCAUUUGAAAAAUUUCUAAUUUACAUAUCAGAUCAAUAAAAGUACAAUUAGAUUAUUAAAAUACAAACCAAAUGUUAUCCGGUUCUUUAGAAAUUGAAUUUCUAAAGAAUCUAAAGGUUCUUCAGAAAUUGAAUUUCUAUGGAAAGAAUUGAAAUAGUUUUAGUUUAAUCUUUAGCAAAAUAUUCUUUAUGUAAUUAUUUAUAGCUCAUUAAUAGAUCACAACGGAUUGCAUACUUUAUAUCUCAAUUAUACAUGUACAUGAGUACAUGAACAAUUCUUAAAAAUGUUUUAAUUGUAUUAUUUAUUACGUGCGACAGAGCAGGAAUAAAUUUUCAUGUUUUUUGAUGUAAGAGUGAGUCUGCCUUAAAAGUGAAAAAAGGAUAGCUGUUUCGGAAAUAAACGUUUGAGAUCGAUUUGUUGAUAAUAAUGAUGUUGCGACGAGACAGCGAAAUACAUAAUCAGAAAAAUGCUUACGUUUGAAAUAAGAAUUAUGUAAAUUGAAAAAUCUAAAUAAGUAUAUAGUACACGUUAAUGUUAAUACACGUAAAGUAUUUAUAAGAAACGUUUUAUUCAAUAAUUCCGUUUUUUACUUUCUAAUUUCUCUUUCUCUCAUAUUUUUAAAUCUGUUUAAUUUAAAUAAUAUGAAAACAAUAAUUUUUAAGAUAUUGAAGAUACAUCGUCCCGACACAGUGGCGCUUAUUAUUCCUCUAUUUAAUUGUAGAAAUAGUAAUGCAUUUUUCUACAAUGGCGCAUAAAUAGAUGGAUAACGAGCCAAUCGGAAAAUACAGAUGUUAUCUCGUGGAAAUUCUCCGUAACAAAUCGCGCGUGAAUCGUCCGUUAAACAUAUCUUUCUGAAUGUGUUUUCCGUAGUAGUUUUAGAGAUUCUUCGACGAUAUGGAAUGUAUAUCCGUCUUAGAAAAGAAUGUCUACUAUUUCGCAAGUUAAUAUGAGCGAAACGUCAAUAGGAGCGAAAUUUUUGAAAAAUAUUACUUUACAUAAUAUUUUAAUCCAUAUAAUAUUUUAUAAACAAUGUCUCCUAUUUUUUAACUAUGUUCUUAAAACAAUUUACGUUUAUGUUAAAACUAUAAUUAUAUGUAUCCUUUGUAAUUACUUUAUCAUUUAUAUUAUUUGAAAAAGAACAGAUAAUCUGCGCAGAUAAUUUUUAUGUCAUUGACAGUGAAAGAAUUAGGCAUUGACGUGAUAGACGGAAUACUAUAUUAUAGUCUAUCUCUUCCAAAUAAUAUGUCGACUAUGAUACAUAGAAUAGUAUAUAUGUUGUUUCCAUAUAGAUAAAUAGUUAAACGGAUAACGCCAAUUCCGAGUGCAAUUAUGUAAUUAUUUGUCAGUGUAUGAGCGAGUACUCGGUACCGCCAUACUGUUGUUAUUGCGCUAUUAUAAAUGUGCCGACAGAUGCAAAAAGGCUGGAAAAGUCAAUUUUUCGCAAAUGCGUUAACUAACAAUUAAGAUUGACGCUAAUGUAGCGAUGUAUAUGCUACGUAUAUUAGACGACUAUUUUCGAAUGAAUUAAUUAGGAUCGCUUUACGUAGAGGAAAACCUGAUCUUAUAUUUUGAUGAAAUGAACAAAAGAUGUGACAAUAACAUUAUUAUACGUACGUGAGAACGUAAUCGUUUUAUGUGAGAGGUGGAUAUAUGAUUCCGUAACUUUUUGUUAAUAAAAAAAUAGAAUUUAUAUAAGAUAAAACUGUUUAUAAUCCAUAUUAAGAGACGUAUAAUUUUUUUACAUGAUCUAUUCGUGAGAAUUAAUUGCAGUAUUAGUAGACAUGCGACAGUAAGACAUGUAUUUUAUGACGAAACCUUUACGUACUUUUCUAUGAAGUCAUAUUAACAUAUGUGCAUGAUAUUAUGCUGUGGUUUUUAAUUGAACAAUUAUUAAGAGAUUCAACAAUCUCAAAUUCCCUACCUUUAAAAAGACGUUAUUUGUAGUUAGUAAAUACUUUGUAUAAUUUUUCCAUCCAGACCAAGUAUUUGCAUCCACCUCUGUACUUGUUCUGUCUAUGAAAUAAAGUAUCAAAUACAAAA